AUGGCCUCUCAGAUCUUGCGUUUUCUCGUAUUUUCAUCAUAUGCAGUCAGCCUUUCUGUCGAUUUCCAGUUAAUUUGUCGCCAUGUUCGUGUAAUGUGUACCGCUAUUUCGGAUCCUUCCAUAAUGCCGUUAAAUGUAAAAUAUGUUGUCAUAACUUUUAGGUUGAUUAGUCGCGUUAACGACUCCUUCCGUAUCCGUUCUGCCUCCAGGAUGUCCUCUUCUCGCUCCAAUAUCUCCAUUGAGGCGCUUAUCGCCUUCUCACCUGAGAUGCUUGUGUACAUGGAUCGUACAUCGAAACUCACCAACAGCUCCGACCCUACUAACGCAAUGAUCUGGAUCCUUUGA